AUUGAAAAUGUGGAGAUUAAAGGUAGCGGAAGGAGGCGAUGAUCCAUAUCUGUACAGUACAAAUAAUUUCGUUGGAAGACAGGUAUGGGAGUUUGAUCCUAACUACGGUACGCCUGAAGAACGCGAUGAAGUUGAAAAAGCUCGCCGGAGUUUCACCGAUAACCGCUCUAAAGUCAAGCCAAGUGGCGACGUUCUUCUCCGAUUCCAGCUGUUGAAGGAGAAUAAUUUUAAACAAGACAUUCCACAAGUUAAAGUUGGAGACAAUGAAGAAAUAACAUAUGACACGGCUUCCAUCACAUUAAAGAGGGGUUUGAAAUUCUUGUCAGCCAUGCAGUCAAAAGAUGGCCAUUGGCCUGCUGAAAAUGCUGGCCCUCUCUUCUUCUUGCCUCCUCUGGUAAUGUGUGUUUAUAUUACUGGUCACAUUGAUUCAGUUUUUUCAGUUGAACAUAAAAGAGAAAUUCUCCGCUACUUAUAUAACCAUCAACAAGAAGAUGGUGGAUGGGGAUUUCAUAUUGAGGGCCAUAGCAUCAUGUUCUGUACUGUCCUUAGUUACAUUUGCAUGAGAAUCUUGGGAGAAGGACCAUUUGGUGGCCAAAACAAUGCAGUUGAACGAGCUAGGAAAUGGAUUCAUGAACAUGGCGGUGUUCUCGCCAUCCCUUCGUGGGGCAAAACAUGGUUAUCUAUAUUUGGAUUGUAUGAUUGGUCAGGCUGCAAUCCUAUGCCACCAGAGUUUUGGAUUUUACCUUCUUAUUUACCCAUGCAUCCUGCAAAAAUGUGGUGCUAUUGUAGAAUGGUCUAUAUGCCAAUGUCAUAUCUAUAUGGGAAGAGAUUUGUAGGACCAAUCACUGAUCUAGUUCUGCAAUUAAGAAAAGAGCUUCACAAUCAACCUUUCCAUGAGAUUAAAUGGAAAAAGUACAGACACUUAUGCGCAAAGGAAGACUUGUAUUACCCACAUCCUCUAAUACAAGAUUUGCUAUGGGAUAGUCUUUACAUAUUUACAGAACCAUUUCUAACUCGAUGGCCAAUGAAUAAAUUGAUAAGACAAAGAGCACUUAAGAAAACAAUGGAGUACAUACAUUAUGAAGAUGAAAAUAGUCGAUACAUCACAAUUGGAUGCGUAGAGAAGGUGUUAUGCAUGUUGUGUUGUUGGGUUGAGGAUCCAAAUAGCGACUAUUUCAAGAAACAUCUCGCGAGAAUCCCUGAUUACUUGUGGGUAGCUGAGGAUGGUAUGAAGAUGCAGAGUUUUGGCAGUCAGCAAUGGGACACUGGUUUCGCGGUUCAAGCAGUAUUAGCCUGCCAUAUGUUGGAAGAGAUGGAAGAAACUAUUAGAAAAGGACAUGAUUUCAUUAAAAAUUCUCAGGUGAAAGACAAUCCAUCUGGUGACUUUGCCAAAAUGUUUAGGCAUAUUUCUAAAGGAUCUUGGACAUUCUCUGAUCAAGAUCAUGGUUGGCAAGUCUCUGAUUGCACUGCUGAAGGACUUAAGUGUUGUCUGUUACUAUCUCAACUUCCAGCCAAAAUUGUUGGCGAACAACUAGAACCCGAGAGGAUUUAUGACGCAGUCAAUGUCAUUCUUUCACUACAGAGUAAAAAUGGAGGUGUAGCUGCUUGGGAGCCACCAAAAGCAGAGCCUUGGCUAGAGCUUCUCAAUCCAACUGAAUUUUUCGCUGAUAUUGUCAUCGAGCACGAGUAUGUCGAAUGCACGGCUGCAUCAAUCCAAGCAUUUGUAAUGUUCAAGAAACUAUACCCGGGUCAUCGAAAGAAAGAGAUUGAAAAUUUCAUCAUAAAAGCCACAGGUCAUCUUGAAGAUAUCCAAAUGCCCGAUGGUUCAUGGUAUGGAAACUGGGGAGUUUGUUUCACAUACGGUACAUGGUUUGCUCUAGGGGGAUUGGUGGCAGCGGGUAAGACCUAUUUGAACUGUGAAGCUAUUCGAAAAGGCGUCGAAUUUCUAUUGAAUUCUCAAAGGGAAGACGGCGGUUGGGGAGAAAGUUACCUUUCUUCGCCACUUAAGAAAUACGUGCCACUAGAAGGUAUUCGUUCGAAUUUGGUUCAUACUUCAUGGGCUAUGAUGGGUUUAAUCCACUCAGGCCAGGUUGAGAGAGAUCCAACUCCUUUACACAAAGCAGCUAAGUUAUUGAUCAAUUCUCAAAUGGAAAAUGGUGACUUUCCUCAACAGGAAAUAACAGGAGUAUUUAUGAAGAAUUGCAUGCUUCAUUAUGCAGCUUAUAGGAUUAUAUAUCCAGUGUGGGCACUUGCAGAAUACAACAAUAAGGUCAAAUUAUCAAUAGAAUAAACUUUGUUUGAGAAUCUUUAUAUCUUUAAAUAAUGGAUUAUGUAAAAUGUGUUAUGUUUUCUUAUUUUGAAUGAAUAAUAUUAUAAUAAAUGGGUUCAUAUUUUAAUAAUUUUAUAAA